AUGCUUGAAUAUCAACCUCAAGACGCAUCAUCGCCAUCCACCAAAAUUCCCCUCCUCCCGCUCGACCUGAGCCAACACAAGCUGCCCAUCACCCUGUACUGGGCGCCCAUAGUUCUGACAUCAUGUCUCUUACCGAUAGUCGGAUACUUCGCCCUGCACUACGCUACUUCACUGUCGUUGACGAUAAUUCUGAGCAUUUUCCUAUCCAUCAUGGGCGGCGUAUCGCUUCUGGCUUUUUUAAUCCGGGCUUGGGCGCUGUGGCGCACUAAUUCGGACUGUCGUCCGCUAGGAUCAAACAAUCGAUGGGCCUUCGACUAUUUUUUCUGGAAUUUUGUCUUUAUGUUCUGCGUGCUUACCGCGUUAAUCACAAGCGGUAUCACGACCGAGAACCUCCAAAUUGUAUCGUUACCGCUGUCGAUUUUGAUUCUUUGGGUCUCAGCGCAGAUGACUAUUGCAGAAAUACUACUAGCUCUGCAAAUCAAAGUCCCCUUUAGGAUGUCCUCUCUCCAGAAGAGCGAUACGUUACGACCGGGCGUGUACGUUAUCGUGGAAGAUGUGGUGGCUGUUGACGGGAAGCAAGGGAGGGCGUGGAGACAAGCGUGGAAUGAUCGCUAUAUUUCUAGUCCUAUAUUCAAACAAUUCUUAUCCCAGAUUGAACGUAUAUGGGCUGUCACUGGUCUCUCGGUUGUCGCCAUUAUCUGGGGUGUAGUCUUCGGCCUGGAAAAUCAUGAAAUUGGUUAUGCUUUAGGAUGGGCUCUUCCUUUUGCCUGGGGAGCAGGCAUGGCGCUCAUCACCACAGUAUUAGCAAAGAGAAUGCUCAGACAGGAGAAGAUCGUCGAGCUUGAUCAAUAA